CAGUGAAAAAAUUGACAAGAAUUGUAAGGAUCCUAUAAAACUUUGGAAGAAGCAUGUGGAAUAUCCAACACUUCUCUUUUUCUUAGAACUGAUAUAUCAAGGUCUAGGCCAUUUCUUUGUGCAUCAGGAUCAGAUGCAGUGUACUAUUUCCCUGCCUUCCUCAACAGAAAACUCUGCCCCACCCCCAGAAACCUGUUAUCUGAACAAUCCAAGCCCCAAAAUCUUGUUACCUAAUGUUAUUCCCUCAAUUAUGUACGUUAUUCCCCUCCUUUUCAGACACCUUUGUGAUAAAGUGAUUUGUAGAAGUGUAUUGGUCUGCUGCUGAACUAAUGCUAGUUACAAUGGUACCAACUUUUUUUUUUUUUUUUUUUUUUUAAUUUAGAGCUGUAAUCUGUGUGUGUCAAGUGAGAAAAGAGGUUCUAGCCAGAGUGCUUUAGUCACUUAAAAUCGCUUGGGCACUUAAAGUUGUAACGUGGUCUUGGGCUAUCAUAAACGCCACUAGGCAAAGUUUAUUUGAUAGUUUUCCUAUUGCAGUUACUAGUAUAAUGCAAGAUUGUCUUUCUGCAGAAAGAAAGUGUUUGGUAUAGUUCAGUUGGAAUUCCUUGUCCUUAUUGACAGAUUUUUAGUAGCCUUUCUUCUGUGUUAGGUCUGACAUCUCUGUUUUCCCCAAAAAACAUAGCUGCCUUUUAGUGAGGAUACUUGAGAUAAUGCAAGGCAGACAGUAAGUUGAAACACCUCAGAACAAAAAUUAUAGAUGUACAGAAUCUGGUUGGACUAUAGACAAGCUGAUUUCCUCAUUGCCAAAAGGAGGAAGACCUGCUCCCUCAGCUUGGACUGUAUAAUCCUGCUGCUUUCUGGCUACAAGUUCUGGUACUUCUCAGGCUUUGCCAUUUGUUGACUUAACGAGAAAUUUGUCAAUCUUUCUGCUAGAUUUCUGUUAUGUUUUGGAGAGUUAAAUCAGCUCACAGAAGGAUCAAAUACCAGAACCAGCAGAAAGUAAGCACUAGAGGCAUGCAGUCAGAAGCAGGAGCUCUUCUCUGUUUCAGGCAGUGAGUGAGAAUAAUACAGUCAGCUCACUGCAUCUUACGGAUUUGUAGCCUAAGAGCUCAUUUAGUCAUGUUCUGAAUGAGUGGGCAACUCUGAGUUUAUGACAGGCUGUGUAGAAGGGAGAGGAGAUGUAUUUUGCUUAAGUCUGUUUCAACUAUUAGUCAUUUAAGAUGGCCUGGAAAGUGUUUAGAACAGUUUGAAGUAAUUUUAUCAAUUACUUCAUCAAAGAUGCUUCCAUUCUUCACAUGUAAGGAAGAAAUUUGAUACAUAGAUAUCUCACCUCAUUUUUAAACAAAGGAAAUAUUUGUUGGUGCUCUUUUUGAUGAAGUGGGGAUGAUAAUGACUCUGUAAAUGGGGUGUGUAUUGCUUCAGAGGGAAAGGCUGGUUUGUGGUUAAGAUUUGUAUUUGUGAAGAGGACUUAAAACUCUAGAAUCAAGUGCCUUGGGUGCUAAUGCAACUGUCGGGAUUUGUGCAAAUCAUUUAUGAUUUCUGUUUCAGUUUCUUGUGUGUGAAUUAUGAGAAGCUUGUGUCACAAAAGUAAUUGUAAGGAUAAAUUUAGUAGUGAAUAUUGGGUACUUGGAGAGUAUAGCUAUGAGCUUACUGAAGAAAAUCCAGUAAGUAAUCUUAAAGAGCACCUUUAUUAAGCAUUUAUAUGUAGUUCUUUAUACAUAUUUAUUAAACCAACCCUUUUAAGAAACCACAUGUCAAGAUUUCGAAAGUAAUCUAGGUAAUUUAAGUACAUACUCUUCCAAUUUAGUGAAAAGUGUAUUAAAUCACUAAGAUCCAUUUAAACAUCUCCACUGGGUGUUAAUGGACCUUUAAUUGCAUAGAAGUUGUGUGUGAUCAGUAGCUCAAAGAGGGCAAAGUUUGUUUUACAGUUUGUUAAAAGGAUCCUAUUUUUGCAGGCUAACAGUGAUAGCAGUACCUUAAGGUACUAAAAGGAUUUCACUUUAAUUUUUAAGACAUCAUGUCUGACCUUAAUCCUGUUGCUAUUAAUAGUAGAUAGUGAAUUUGUAUUCCUAUGAUUUUUUGUUUCAUUUGAAACUUCUUUUAGGAAAAUAAUCAAUAUGAAAUAUAAAUAAUAGUAAAUACUUAGUGGCAAUGCAUGUUUUUCAUUCUCAUGUGUCAGAAUGAAAUAUGGAUAUAUAUGGCUAUAUAUUACGCUUCUUUAAUGAACUGAAGGAGAAUAGAAGUGUUUACAUCUACUGUUGAUGGGCUAAGGAAUACAGAAAGAAGUUAAAUUUUGAACUUCAGUGGAAAAGCAGAUUUACUGAAGAAAGUAUGUUGAAAGGUUAAAAAACCAUGCACAUUUUGCACUUUCUUAGCCAAGAAAAGCAUGAGAUGCACCUGUGGUGCACAGGGCGUUGGGAAGUGAUAGUCUGCCAAUGGACUGACUACAAAACACAUUAUUACACUUUAAGUGCCAAAAAGCAAGCAGUAUCAAUUGUGGAAAAAAACCAGAAUUUCAAAAAUUUUACUGCUUUCAUCAUUUCAGUGUCUGUAAAGACAGGACCUUAGAUCUUAAUGACUCUUUUGAAGUUGAUACUGUGUGUAAAAUCUGGUGACUCAGACCAUAAAAUAAUACAACAUUCAGGGAGCUUUUAGUCACAAAAUUGUCUGUAGGAAUAGUAUUGAGUUUUAGUCUAUUUUCAGGUUAAGCUAGUGAAAGCUGCUUGAGGUCGCAAAUAGGUUGGUUUUUUUUUUUAAUUUCUGUUGUUUCAAAAUCCAUAAAGGAUUAUGAAUCCUCUAUCAUAAUAAAUAUUGAUUCUUCAGGAAAACCUGUCUACUUUUGAAAUUACAAGGUUAUUCCUUCAGCUUAUGCUGGCAGUGACCCUUGUGUAAUACUUUGUUUCCAGUAAGGUUAUGAAGAUUUAAUGACAAUAUAAUUUUCUGUGCAAGUGGAACUUAGCUACUUAGCUCUUUUAUUGAUGAUGCACAAAAACAGAUUACAGUUGAGCUCAUUUUUAUUAUGUAUUUGGUUCUGCAUGGCUGAUAGGAAUAAAAAUUAAUUAAAGACUGUCAUUCAGUCAAGGGCAAAUGGUAGUGAAUAUACAACAGAAAGAAAACCUUUCAUGGCAUUUUUUGACAAAAACUGGGUUUUGAACUGACUCUUUAAAGCUGAUGACAAACAACAAAAAGUAAUAUAAAAGGUGGUGAAACUCAUUUGAAAACAGAGCAAGUAAAAAAGUAAAAAGGUUUUUAAUAGAAUAUUUUCUGUUUGAAAUAUUAGAAUGUUCUCAGAAGCUCUCUGGAUUCUUUAAGGGUCUUGCUGUCUGGUACACACAGGUGUACCGUUUCCCUUUGUGUUUCAGACUGGAGACUAGGACACCCAAGCUCAUAGUCACCCAGCCAGGGCACAGGACUGCUGUUUACCAUGCAGAUGCAAGGAGAAUCCAGUUAAAUACUCGGACUAAUACUUCCCAUUCCUGGGAUCAGAACAGAAUAAGACUUUGAACUAAUUUUUGGGAGUGGGGAGGAGUGUUUCUUUUCCUACCAGUUCAUUUUCUCAGCCUUCCAUAGAUGUGGUUCAGAUUGCUUCAGCAUGGCAGGUGGGAAAUGUAUAAGCUGUAUUAAUAAAGAUUUAAGUUCUUGACUGUGGUAAUUAGUAGAACACGCUGAGGAGAAAGAGUUUCUGACAAGAUUAAGCCUCCUAAUAGGAUUGUAUUUUUGCAGUGCUACACAUUAUCUCUUACAAAGAGGAGGAGCUCAGAUGGGAGGUGGAACAGUUACUAAAAGACAGGCUUAUAGUGGAGUAAGUGCAGCAUCCAUCAUCAUAAUUACCAAAAGUGAUGAGAAUUGAACCACGGUGGUGUUACCGGCUAUGUGAUUAAAGGAUCCAGAUGGUCCUUUUGUAAAAAUAAUACUUCUACCUGUAGCUUUGUAAGGGUCCCCAACAUGUUAAGCAUGUGGUAGACAGUUGGUAGAGAUUCCUUGAGAAACCUUAUCUUGUCAUCCUCCAAUUUUUUUAUUUGAAUUGUAUUGCUGAUAGUCCCUCUUUUGUUUUGGUUUGUUUUCCUGCUAAUUCUAUUCACAUGGUAUUUACACAAAGGUUUUCACUUCUGUUUGCCCUUCAUUUUUAUGAAGACUACAAAGGUCUUUUUGAAAUUGCUGUAGCAAAAUCUAUUCAGCUGGUGCUGGCAGAAGUAAUUCUGUACUUCACUUGUGCUUUCAAGUGUUUCAGUGGUAGCAACCAAUUAUUUCUAUCACCAAGUAACUAGCUAAUGGUGGAGAGGUCAUUUCUCCUGGAAAGAGCUGAUCAAAUUGCUGUGCUUUCUUUGUAAUAUGUUUGAGGCUUAUUUUAUUGUAGGUUUUUUUUUCAAACCCUCUAAGCGUACCCUGAGGAGAGUAUUAGAAAGACAGUACAGAGUCAGCCACAGUUCACUGAAAAUACAAGAGUUUAACAAAAUGCACUGUUUACAGUUUUUCCUUUGGGGGGGAAGAAGAGAAUGUCCAGAGGGCCUGGGUAGCUCCUCAUAAAAAAUGUCAACUUAAAUCCCAGUACCUAACACUGAAAGUCACCUGCUGCUUUCAGCCCACUUCAUUGGUAUCAUAUAGGAAAGAAACACACUUGAGGAAUUCUGCCUCUUUCAAUCUUAAAUGUGCAUUACAAAAAAAUCUGCAUGCUCUCCAUACAUUGUAGCUGUUUAUGCACCUUUUAAAUAUGAUGGACUGAACUUGCCUUCUGAAGCUCAUUAAGUGCCUGUAUAGCUUUGCAGUACCUUGUUUAGCCUUUUUUAAUCUUUUGUACAUUGUUCAAAUUUGAUAGCCUUUUUUUAACUAGAUAAACUUCCACUUUCUCAGAUGUGCUUCUUUGUAAGAAGUGAUUACCACUAUAAAGACUGAAAUUUCUAACUUGAUUUAAGCACUGUUUGUUGGUUUUUUUCUUUAAAUGGUGCUCACAUUGCCUACUCUUUUCUUCAUGUAUUUUUAAUACUUUACAUAUAGUUUGUGUUUACAUACUUUUACUGCCUAAUAAUUCUUUUAUGUUCCAAGUUAGGGAUUUGAAUAAGCAGGUGUUCCUGCAAUAACAACAUGUGUUACUGAGAAUAUUAAUACAGUUUAUCAACAGAAGUCCAAACCAUGAAAUGGGCUCUGCUGUGUUUGCAAUGUUUCUUUUGAAAGGAAGUUCAGUAUUUUUUCUCCAGCCAAUGCAAGGGGUAUUGGUCUCAGCUGUUGAACACAGCAUUAUGACAAUUCCACAUGAUGGCUGCAGACAGUAGAUGAUGAAAAGCUCCUAGCUUACACUGCAGGAAUGUACUUUUCACAUGUGUAUGGCCUUGUACUGCUGUAGCACUUCCAGGUAGUCUCCUCUGAGUGACCAUCAUCGGUGGCCUAAGUAUGCCAUAACAAGGAAUGCUUAAAAUGCAGUAGUCGGGAAAGGUCAUUAAGCUAACCAAACUGAAGCGAGGGUAAAUAAAUGAGACUUUAAACCAUAACCCUGAGAUCUGUGCAUGAACUUCCCUUAAUUUCUAAGUUUUAUAGGUUAAGUUUCAGAAUCAGUGCGUUAAAGAGGUAUUACAGGUUUUCUAGUCUGUGUAGGUUCUUAGACUAUAGGUUCUUAACACCUCAGUUCCUUAAAACCUUUCAGUAGUCAUGGAGCGCUCUGACUAAUUCUUAUGAUGUGAUCUCAACCUGUCUCCUGGGGAGGACUGUGGGCAGUGAAAUGUCUCGUUUCGGUAGAAAUUUUUCUGCUCCCACCCUAUCCACCCUCUGUGUAUUAUUCACGUUGCUAUCCAUUUUCCUUAAACAACGCCAGGAUAAAGAAACUAAGUCAUGUAGUUAGUGUGAGACAGUGAGAUCUGUGAUAACCAUCAUUUCCAGGAGAGACUGAUUCCACAGCUGCACACACGUUAGUGUGGCAGGAUAUAUGUAUUUUGGGUUUGGUUUUUUGGUUUGUUUUUUCCCUGGGCUCAUCAUCAAACUGAGAAUUUAAUUUAUUUAAAGUCUGCCUUAUGUUCUGAAGCAUUCUUUUUAUGAUCCUUCCAAACAUUUCUUGUGACAGUAUAUUGCUCUAUAUGAAAAGCUGCUCUUUUUUUCUUGUUUUUUUCAGCAAUGCUACUUCAGCUGUGAGGUUGCUAGAGAGCAACAGAAGUCACAGAAUCUCUCUUUGGAAAUGAGAUGGUUGUCAUGGCAAUGCUCCCAGCUGCUUCUUGUCCCAGAUGAGAAAAUAAUUUUUAGACUUUUACAUUACAAGGUUAGGCUGCAACGUUUUAAACUAAAUGGUAUAGCUAAUUGAUCCAAAUCAAAGAUCGAUACAUUGCUUGCUAAAAAUCUUUGGGCUAAUAAUCAGCUAACAUUGUUAAACCAAAUAUUUGUGCAGGUACUUAUCAAAUAUUUUUUGCUAUUUGUUUUUGAUCAGAUACUUGAGGUAAAACUGGUACAUUGAAAUGGAAAGUAUUUUCAUCUUACUGACUUUACUAAAUGUCUUUUUUGUAGUAGAAAUUAUCCUGAAACUGACUGAUAUCUAGAUAAGUCGUGUUUAAAAUAUGACUCUGAGUUUGCAUCAUAUUUUGCAAUAUGCCAAAUCUGGAUCAAACCUGAAAUGCUAGAUAUUUUUAAGGUUUAUUAUCUCUGAAGGUCCAGGCAGUUGAUGAUGGAAGCGUUGGUUGUUUUGGUGGUCUCUAGUCAACCUCGCUUUGAGCAGGAUUAUCACCAACACCAGUUCAGUCAUGCUGUGUCUAGCCAGUAUUAAAAACCUCCAAGCAUGGAGGUUUCCCAGUCCGUCUGGGAAAGCUGUUCCCAUGCUGCACUGCUCCUGGUGAACAAGCUUUCCCAAGUGUCCAGUUUGAACCUCCCAAGUCACAGGUUGUGGUCAUUGCACCAUAUUACGGUUAGACUAUGUGAUUAAUUAUGAUAAACAGAAAAGCCUGGUGAUGUUCAGAUGAAUAGUGACAGGCAGAGGAACCCUAGUUAACCUAAUCAGUGAAAAUUGGAAGACACAGACUUGACUGCUCCUAAGACUACCAAAGGAGAAUGAUUAGACUGUUGUCCCUGGUGUGAAAACCAAAGAAACUCCCUCAGAACUCCUUGCAGAGUGAACUACUGCCUACAGGGGACUCACUGUGGGUUGCAGGGGGAAGGGCACUUUGGAAUUGUUUAAAGGUUAUUAUGGGACUGUGAGAAUGUGUGAAACUUCCUAUGGAAUGUUUAUAGAGGAAGGACCAAAGGUUAGGAAAGGGAAAGAUCCAUGUGGCAGGGAGGAAGAAGCCUGGUUUGAUUUCUUUCUUGGCCAGUCCACGCUGGCUGCUUUUCAUCACCUUACCAUCCCCUGGUUUUUUUAGUUCUCUUAUUUUCUGAGUUUUGAAAUGUAGCUCACUGUUCUUUAUUUCUCUUAAUUUUUCCCCUUUUUAAAAGACAGGCCUCUACUAUGCCCACUGAAGUUCUCUGGGACAUUCAUAACUUCUAAAAGUUUUCAUCUACAGAAAUAGAUGCCUUUCUGAGCACGAGUGAAUGAAUGCUGCUGCCCUUUCUUCUUUCUUCUAAUUAAAUGCUUCCCACUUCACUUCUGCUCUGCCAGCUCAGAUGAAAGUUUGGAAAUCAACAGAGAAGCAAACAGCAAGAAAGUAAAGAAAAAUGGAAAGACGGGGGAGGAGAUAAACAGUGAUAUCAAUAAAUAUCACUAAAGUUAAUGGUGUUUUCUAGAGUGUAUCAGUAUGGACAGAGUGGAAAGGUAUCUUCUCUUGCCCUUUCUUAGUACACUAUUUCAGCAAGAUCUGUAUCUGUUCAUAGCACUUUUACUAGUUCAUAAGCUACAUACAGUAGUUCAUAAGCUACAUUCAUGCUUUAGCCAAGGUUUAUAAAGCAUGGUACUAACCAGAAAUUAGGUAUGUCAAACACACACAUAUCUCACAUAUCUGAAAUUCCCUGAGCUGUAUAAUGCUAAAAGCAGAGAGAAUGCGUUCUUAAACUUUUCCCUGUAGCUCUGCUACUGACCAGUGUGAGGGAAAAGAUACUGUUUGGACUCCCUGUGGCCACCCUCAUAUAUAAUAAAGCAUUGCUUGUACUUUAAAAAUGAAGAGAAAUAUCACUGACUUUUAAAUGUUACAAGCAAAUCUUCCCUAAAACAUUUGUUAUGUGUAUUUAAUUGUGCAUGAAAUACAAAUACUCACAUAUUGUGCUUUCACUGAGGAUGAAUUAUUGAAGAACAGAAAUUAUGCAUAGUACAAAUCCUCAGGUAGAGCUUGCAGAGGACUUAAAUGCUCCAUCAAUUUUAAUUGUAUCUUGUUUCAGGGAUGGAAUCUGAUCAGUGGGUUGCAGGCUGGAUCAAUGAGCACAAAAACUUAAGUGUUGGCUCAUCUUGAAAAGGGUAAAUGCUAGAUUAGACAUCAUCUAGAGGCCAUGCAGAUAGACAGUACAACUUUCAGAUAUAAAGUAACAAUUAAUUCAUCCAAUUCAUUACAGUUUUGACCCUAAUCAAUGUGAAUUAACUCUUGUUAAUCCAAAUAAACUAAACCAGAAACUUGUUGACCAGCCUGUUCUGCUUUUGUUUUUUUCCAUUUUUAUAGAUCUGAGACACUGUUUCUGAUUCAUUCACAUUAAAACAUGAAGUAACAACAAGGUUUAUGGUUGGUUUGUUCCUAAUACUAAAAAUCAAGUUGUCUCUAUACAAUUUUAAAUGUGACUAGCAGUAUAGCAUCUAGUUAAUUCACCUGUGCAAAAUGAGAUAGUAAAUUUGAGCAUCUGCCUGUGUGUAUUUAAGCAACAUAAGUAAUUUACUGAACUAAAACCUCUUCAUGGUUCUCCAUCAGUGUGUCUGUUUAUUAAUCAAGAAAAUUUAAUUUAGUUACUAUCUUGUUUUAAUCCUUAUGGAAGAACUUUGUACUUUAUAAUUCAUACAUACUUACUUGCAAGUGUAAUAUGGCAGAGCAAAGUCCACCAGAGUAAGCACACAGUGUGAAAUAAUGAAGAUGCAAUUUUGCUGCAUUUGAGAUAGCGUGUUGGAGCUGAUUUAUUCACCUGGACUUAAGUAGCAGGCAAAGUACAACUGUAGAGAAUGAGCUCAUUCAUUUGUGUGUGUUUUUCUUUGCCAAGCUUCACUUGAAAGAGGUAAGGUGCCUGCCUGGUGCUGUUUUCCUCAGUUGCUUUCUUAAUAAUUUAUAAUACCAAGUUCUGUUCUGGAAUUAAAUGGAUUUGUAAAUCAUUUCAAUGUGUAAAUAUGAGGGAAGAAAAAAGACUGACUCACUAGAAAAUGCUAAAAGAAAAACAAAGCAGCUGAAAAAUAACUCCAGAUCCAAAUACAGAUUUCUUGAAGUUUAGUGAUGCUUGUGGGUUAGGUUUUGAUUUAAAGUAAUUUAUAAUAUAAUAAUCAAUAACAGCAACAAUAAUAGAAGCUUUCAGGGAAAAGGAUUCCCCUUUCAGGGAAAGGACAGUGGAAAAUGCCCACAGAGCAGAACUUAAAUGCUUUAAGGGAAACCCUGUGCUGAAUUUCAUGGAAGGUAAUUUUCCAGUUUAUUACAAUCCCAAUAUCAAAUGAGAAGCUUUGCAUAAAAUAGCAAAUUUUAUGUUGAUUGUAAAUCAGAAUUGUUAUUGAAUAUUUUUAGGUAGAGUAGAAAAUUCUGUUUUGCUGUUUUUCUGUAUGGUAGGUAUAAAAAUUAACUCUCAAACCUGAACUUUAUUACAACGGUUCAUCUUGGGCAUUUUUAAAAAAAUGUGCUGAAUAUUUUUUCUCUCUGGAAAACUGUUUGCUGAAUCUGCUGCUAAGACAUUAGAUUUAUAAGGAAUGUGGCUCUGUUGCAACAUAAACCACUGUGGAGUAGAGUACUGGCCUCUGUAGGCUCUGUGCUGACACCGGCAGGAAAUAAGCUCUGACCGAAUUGCUGCUUGCUAGAUCUGUUUUCUGCUUUCGUCAAAGCCACUGUGGGGAGCUCAGUCCUUAAAAAAAAAUAUUAAAGAGUUUGGCUAGAGUCUAAGUAAAUGUGUCCUUUGAGAGUAUGGGAAACCUGUGCUAUCCUGAUUCAGUCUAAGCUGUCAUUGAUAUAGAAAUUCCUCUUCAGUCAAGCUGGGAUUUGCCGAAGCGAGGACCACAGGAUUUAGUCCAGUAAUAGCCUAAGCAUUCUUGCUAUGCUGGAUGGAGAGGGUUACUAGACGUGUAACCCCAAAAGGAGGACAAAAUGAGGCUCAAAACUGUUUUGAUUCAAUAUAUUGAAUACUUGUGGGUUUUGAAGAGGCUGCAGAAAAGUUCUUUUUACUUUGUUUAUUGAGCUUUUCUCUUUUUUUGAUCUGAUUUAAACCCGUGGCCUAUUAUUUAAAGCUGUAAAUGGAAAUUCAUAAAAAGUGUAGCCCACGUGUUGAAGCGAGUUCUCCAGUGCACGGAAAUAUUCCCAGCACUCGGAAAGCCAUGUCUUUGCGUACUGUUUGAACUACAGACAGUCAGCAGAGCCAGUGUUGCUGUUUCUGUCAGUUCGACCAUUGGUGCCUCUAUUUCACUGCAGUUUGGACUCGGGGAAUAAGCAAAAUUCAAUUCUGAUAAAUAUAAGAUGUGCUUUUUCUUUUGUCAUUACUUCUAUGGCUUUUUGUCACACACAAGAUUACGUUAUGUUUCAUUGCCCCGCAUGGUACAAGGUGACAGAGGUGAGAGAUGUUCUAAGUGUCGCAGCACAGUGCUCCAUGUCAGAGGAAUGACCAGUCAGAAAUAGUGUGUGAGACAUCAGGAAAAGGAGAGGUCCUUGAAAGAUGGGAGAAGCCAAUUUUGGCAGAGGCUCACUAUACUGAAGCUAGGUAUUUCAAUACCUUUCUCCUUCAGGACUUUCAUACUAAAAGUCAUAAAUCUUUCCAUUUUCAAUUCCAGUCUGUGUUACAGUUCUGUAUUGCUGCAGGAGGACUGACUCGGAAGGAAGAUGCUGUUGACAAGCUCAGCGGGAUUUAUUCUUUUCCUGCUUUCUCAUUGCACUGUGUCAGUGAGCACCAAAGAGGCAGUGGUCUUGGCUAAUGCCCACCUUCUCCCCCAAAGAGGUUAUGAGAGACUGGGUAACACCAACGAAAAAGACUAUCCAAGGGAUUGUUUUGAGAUUUUUCAGCGCUCCAAAGGAAAUUCCAGAGAUGGUCUUUACAUCAUCCAACCAAAGGAGGACCCAAUUGUUGUCUCUUGUAACAUGCAGGACGGUGGCUGGACAGUAAUCCAACAUAUUACAGCCAAUAGUACUGUCGACUUUGAUAGGACCUGGCAGGAUUACAAAUACGGAUUUGGCUCCGUUCUUGACAACCACUGGUUAGGAAAUGAAUAUAUGCAUCAGUUAACUAGCAGCUCUGUGCAAUAUAUACUUGGAGUUAAACUUGUAAACCUAAACGCUGAAAUCAAAUGGGGACAGUAUGAACCAUUCCUUAUUGAAGACGAAGCGUCUCAAUACCGAAUCAGGGUUGGUCUAUACAAAGGCAAUGCCACUGAUGCUCUGACCCUGGACACAGAAGCUUAUCUCCAUGACAACCAGAAGUUCACCACCAAGGACAGAGACAAUGAUAAUUACUUUCAGAAUUGUGCUAAAUUGGAACACAAUGGCGUUCCUGGGGGAGGCUGGUGGUACGAUGCGUGUGCUGGAGCAAAUCUAAACCGUAGGAACGUGAUAUACUGGCAAAAGGACUGCAACAAGCAACGCAUGUGCAAGUUUGCAUGGAUGAUGAUCAAACCCAUUGACCACAGCCUGUCGUAUCCAGCCAAGCCCUGUCUAUGUCAGAAAGUUGAACUGUAGAUAAGCCAUGUGUACUUUGACAGGAACAUGGACUCUUUGUCCAAUGACUGAAGUGAACUCACACUCUCAUUGACUGAAUAAUCACACUAAGUUAUCAUGACUGAAAAUUUAAUUUGGGCCUCUGCAAGGUCUUUAUGAUAGCGUAUCAUCCAGGACUGGACCAGGACAUAGACAUCUAUCAACCACACAAGUGAGAAGUCACUGUCAGAAACUGAGGCCUCUACCAGAAGAUUUAAAUAAUUAAUUUUACAGUAUUUUAGCCAUAAGAGAACUCAGGUAUGAAAUCCAGGAUAUGAUGUCUUGUACGAGAUACACAUGAAUAUACAUGCAUUUCAGACGGUUUUGCUCCAGUAUGAAUGUUCAUGGUUGAUCUCCUGUAAUUGCACAUCUUCACAUAUGCAGGAAGGAAAUUUCCGGUGAAGUACCUACAUUUACAAAAUACAUAUUGGAGAGUAUGGUGUACCAUAGGGCAGCAUCAGGCCUUUCCUUUUUACCUUUAGUGAAAGGUAUUUUAAAAUAUAAAAUUGGAAUUGGCCUCACCUCCCAUGGCUUCUUUUCUCCUUCAUUGACUCUUCUUUUUAUUUCUACUUUUUAAUGAUCCCAUACACAAUGAACUAUUCAGCAUGGGCUUUUCUUUUCUUUCUUCUUUUUAGAGCACUCAGAGCUAAUGGGAUCAUCAGCUUCCCAUUUAAAGCUACUAAUCCAAAGCUUACAACUCCUCUGAAUUUUUCCCCAAUAAACUCAGGGAACACAUUUUUUAAAAGAUCAAAUUGAUUUCACAAUUGUUUACUUAUUGCUCCAUUUUUUUUCUGACUAUUACUCCAUUUAUAAUGUUUUGACUGUUGCUUCUCCCUGUUCCAUGAUGUGCUUCAGCUUUCUCUUUUUUUGAUACCACUGUGAGAAAAGAGGAGAGUGUUGGCUUUAUUUCACAUUUGCUAGCUUCAAUUGUUUUGGCACUCAACCUUGACAUUAUUUAAACAGUGCCUUUUUUCUGGUUAUAAAAUAAAGAGAGAAUCUUUAAAUUUCAUCAUAAAUUCAUCUGUUUUAAAAUAAUAAAUAAAAGGAUUUCCGUUUUGAUAACCCUGAA